GAACGCAACUACUUUUCGUGAAGAUGGAUGAAUACUUCUGCAGAGAGGGAGGGUGAGUUGUACCUCUUCGGGUAGGUACUUCACGAGCUCCUCGUUUGUGUAACUUGGCUUUGGAGUAAGGGAGGGCGAGCAGGAUGAAAGAAAAGCAAGCCGUUCAUCCAACACCAACACGUAUAACAAUACCUAUUCGUUCUUCUCCAUGGCUGCGGUUACCGUCUGAAUUGCAACUUGAAAUAAUCUUCAGGCAGCGCAGAUAUUUAUCACUCAGUAUGGAUCCCGGAUAUUUGGAUCGUACUCCGUCGAGAGAGCCGCCUCCAGGGCAGGAGUCUAACUUCACUAAUCCUGAAUCACGAUCUUACCAGUUAUACAUCUUAAUUGCCGUGUUAUCUGCUGUUGUUUUCUUAGUUGGGUCUUUGCGAAUAUAUUCUCGUCUGAGAAUAACUCGCUCAUUCGGCGUCGAUGAUUGGCUCUGUAUAAUUGCAACGGUUCUUACGCUGUCUUACUCCGCCCUCGUCCUUAAGCUCCUCUGGAAGCCAGGCGGCGGUAUAUUAGGAAUUCAUUUCUGGGAUGUCCCACUUUCGCAUUAUAUUGAGUACCAGAAAGUAAGGCUUUCAAGCUGUGCCAAUAUCCGGUCGUCCUGCUCAUGCUAGUCUGACUACGGGGUUCACUGGCCGAUGCGGUUCUUGCUCGCAUUACCAACACCACGAUUAAGAUCGCCUUUCUGGUAUUCUAUCUCAGAAUAUUUAAACUUGUGACCCAUGUGAGAUACAUGAUCUGGACCGGUAUGGCUGUAGUGGUUACGUU